CGAUGUGGGAUGUUGAUCCAGGAACAUGUCCUACUUGGCAAAGUCAUGCCGUGCCUCCAGUGUCACCGAUAUAUGAGUAAGAGGGUCAAAGUUCAGGUUGUAAUGUUAUGAGGAAAAAGUAUGUCCGAUUGUGGGUAUACUGCAUGCAGCAGUGUGCACUUUUCAAGGGCAGCUGCAGUACCUGCUAAAAGUAAGAAGAAGAAGUAUUCGGAAGGCACCAUCUUCUUGUUCUUCUUCUUGUUCUUCGAAUGUUAAGAUGCUGCCAACCACAACAUCAGCUCCACUGUCUUCUGUUGUAUUAGUCUGGUAUAGUGUCACAGCCAUGUCGAAGACCUCGCAGCAGAGCUCAUACCUGGUCCUAGAGAACUUCAUCGGAGGGAAGUUCGUCUCAUGUCGGAGUCACAUCGACUCCUAUGACCCGUCCAUCGGAGAGGUUUACUGCAAGGUGCCUGACAGUGGCAAGGAGGAGGUGGAGGCAGCGGUGGCAGCAGCUAAAGAAGCUUUCCCCGACUGGUCUGCCCGCAGCCCAGAGCAGCGAGCUCAGAUCCUCAACAAGCUGGCCAACCUGAUCGAUGAAAACCUGGAGGAGUUCGCCCAGGCUGAGUCCAGAGACCAAGGUAAAACAGUGACAUUCGCACGCACUGUGGACAUUCCCCGCUCGGCAUACAACUUCCGCUUCUUUGCGUCAUCGCUGCUCCACCACACCAAUGACUGCUCCCAGAUGGACCACAUGGGCUGCCUGAACUACACCAUCCGCUGCCCCGUGGGAGUGGCCGGUCUGAUCAGCCCCUGGAAUCUCCCCCUGUACCUGCUGACCUGGAAGAUUGCACCUGCAAUUGCUACGGGCAACACAGUGGUGGCAAAGCCCAGCGAGAUGACCUCUGUGACUGCCUGGAUGAUGUGCAAGCUGAUGCAGCAGGCUGGUGUUCCUCCAGGAGUAGUCAACAUGGUAUUUGGCACGGGCCCCAAAGCAGGCGACGCCCUCGUGGGCCAUCCUGACGUCCCUUUAAUCUCCUUCACUGGCUCCACGGCAACUGCCCAGCACAUCACACAGCGGAGCGCCCCCUACUGUAAGAAGCUGUCCCUGGAGCUGGGAGGUAAAAACCCUGCCAUUGUGUUUGCUGAUGCAGACCUGAACAACUGCAUCCAGACCACGGUGCGCUCCAGCUUCUCCAACCAGGGUGAAAUCUGCCUGUGCACCAGCAGGAUUUAUGUAGAGAGAAGUAUUUACUCUGAAUUCCUGGAAAAGUUUGUGGCUGCAGCCAAGAAGUGGACGACAGGCGUGCCCUCUGACCCCGGCAACAACAACGGGGCGCUCAUCAGCAAAGAGCACCUGGAGAAGGUACGUAGCUUUGUAGCACUCGCCAAAUCCGAAGGCGCCAUCAUCCACUGUGGCGAGGGGGUUGACCAGCUGGACCUCCCUGAGCGCAAUGCCAGCGGCUACUUCAUGCCUGCCACCGUCAUCUCAGGCGUGUCUGACAGCUCCCGCGUGAUGCAGGACGAGAUCUUCGGCCCCGUCACCUGCAUCAGCCCCUUCGACACAGAGGACGAGGCCGUCUCCAAGGGCAAUGGCGUGCGUUAUGGUCUGGCGGCCACAGUGUGGUCGCAGGAUGUGGGGAAGGUUCACCGGGUGGCCAGGCGGUUACAGGCAGGUCUGGUGUGGACCAACUGCUGGUUGGUGAGAGAUCUGAACCUGCCCUUUGGAGGGAUGAAGAACUCUGGCGUGGGGCGGGAGGGAGGAAAGGAUUCGUACCACUUCUUCACCGAGGUGAAGACCGUCACCAUCAAACACUGAGGGAGGAGGGAAGGAGAGAGAGAUGUGGAGAAAGUUCUGUAGUUAAUCUUGACAUUCAUCAACCUCUGUCGGCAACUCUCAGGAAUUUCAAUAAGUUUCUGUUCCCACCCUCUCGGAUUACCAGAGCCUGUAAUUAAGUCACAUUUAUAGAACACAAAAGUCAGGAAAAGUCACAGUGGAACAACACAAGUGAAUUACAGCCAUUCAAUAGAAAUGUCAAGUUCAGUAUCACAGCAUGAAACACUGUCAUAUUCCCACCUUUUUCACGAGUUCUCCGCUGAAUAUUUUUGAACCACUGUCUUCGACCGUGCAGCGGCAGAGUAAUGUGUGUGUUAGGGCUUCAAAUCUGAAAAAGUCCAGACCAGACAAGGUCAAACCAGAUAAGGCAGGAACUCAUUUAUUUCCCAUUUCAAGCAAAGAAGUCAAGAGUACAAUUUGUGAAGCAGGAACAGGAGCUUAAUCCAACAUCCUUUAAAAGUUUACACUGCAGGGUCGUGUCCUGCAUGACAGUUCAGGGACGAACAGCGGGCCUCAUUCACCAACCGUUCUUAUGCAGGGUUCAUACGACACACUGAAGCCCCGUUUCCACCGAGUAGUACGGUACAGUUCAGUUCGGUACGCUUUUUUUCUGUUUCCACUGUGAAAAGUUGUGGAUGGUACCAAUGGAACUGUUCCGUACUGUCCCCAUUUUUGGUCCCCCCUCUGUUGGGGUACCUAGCACACAGAUCUGGUACUAAAGGUGGAGCUGUGAACACUGCAGUCUGAUUGGUCAAUAGAGGACGGUCACUCUGCUCAGGGCUGAGUUGUAGCUGGUUUUGAGGCUCAUGUAACCACUGUUCAUACUGUGGAGAGUUUUAUUAGUAAACUGUUACUGUAAAAUGAAAGGAUGUUUUGCUGCCUCUCACAGCAGCUGGAGUCGGAGAAAAAGUAACUUAAUUCACUGGGCCGACUGCCGGCGACUUUUAAGGUGGAACGAUAACUUGUAAUGUUACUCAGUGCAUGAGAUGACGACGUGAAUCCAUCAACACACCUUAAAUUUCACUGUGACAACUUUGACCAUCACUUCAGUUGUUUUCUUCUGUCUCUCUUUGAUGACACAGACUUCAGUAAUGAGUAGAACUUAAGAUGUUUAAAAACAUAUAUUAAUUUUGACCAGAUUACGUGAACUGCAUAUAUUCUAAUCUUCAUGUGCAAAAAAAAAAAAGCAUUGUGGAGCGUUGUUCCUGUGGGCUCGGGCAACACUAAACCCCUGAGCUUGCCUGAGAAGGACUAAAUGCACAAACCCACUGUUCUUAAAUAUCCCAUGGAGAGAGACUCUCACUGCAGCCUGUUUGAUUUUGUUCUGAAAAUGUCGGCGUGCAGCCUCGUUCUGUGGACGAUAAACGAGGUGCAGACUUCCAUCUGUGUCACCGGUGAUGAGGAAAUACAGUGAGUGCUGGAUGGAGCAGUGAGCGACAACAACCCCGCCCACAUUUAAGAGUACUGUUUGCAGUGGAAACGCUAGGGUCUAGCUACCAUGUCUGAAGGGUUACUGUUGGUUCCAAAGGUACCAUACUGAAAGUGUUUGGUGGAAACGGGGCGUAUGUUUGUCCGUUCCAAAAGUCACUAUGUCAGAUUAGGCGAUUAUGGAGUCAUAAAAUCUUGCCGUGUCUUUGCCAACAGACAUGACAGACACCUUGAUCCAAGAGCAGUCAUUGCUGAUCGUCUUUCAGGACAUGUGUGACGUCAUUGUAAAGUGUUUUUGUCCUAUUUUUAUCAUUAUUAUUAUUAUUUCAGUCACUGUGUCUGUUCAUGUCCCAGCCAAACUGUCGUUGUAGUUAUGUAACAGGCGCCACCAGAUAGCAGUAGCUACAUGUGAAGUGCAGCUUGAAAGCCAGGCAAGUCGCUGAAUUCUCCACAACAAGUUCCUGCACGUGUCAAAAUAAAGAACGACUCACCGGGGUGCUGAAGUGCCUCUGCUGUCCACACCAGUAUUUUUUCUUUUCUCACCGUCGUGAUAGUUCCUCGAGGAAACAGCAGAUGUGUCGUCUUGUAUUGCUCAGAGCAUUUAAACACCUUGAUAACAGUCUGAAGUCAUGUUGUCCCUGACUCGUUGCUGCACCUGAACGUCCCUUCACACUGCUAAAAUAUUCCUGACUAUGGCUAUCAAAUGACUUUUCAGACUAAUCUAGGUCACUCUGCGUGGACAGGAACUAAUGGUUACAACCCAAUAACGUAUUACAAAUUACAUGUGAGGAAAAAAUAUACAUGCAUUAUGUGAAUUAAUGAAAAGUUUAUGACCAUCAACUAGUCCGCCAUGUUUCUGCAGAUAUGAUUUCAACUCAGCAACUGGUGCACCAAAAUUUUCACAUAUUUUCAGAGUUGUUGUUUAGGGGCAUUUACAUGAAUUUUCCCCGUGGAAAACUAAUUUUUCCAAUUAUUCCGAUACCACAGGGUAAGUUCUUGCAACUCUUCUUUGAUUUCUGUGUGUUCACGCUAUCCUGCAGUCUCAUGCUCUUUUAUGGGGAGUUGCAAGGUGUUUACCUCUGCCAGUUGGCCUCAACUUGCACGUACUGCACUUAUGAGAGCGAGUCAUCAUAAUAAGAACACAGGUGCUAAUUAUGCAGCUUUAGAACAAUCCAUGGAUCUGACGAAGACUUCUUGGGACCCUUUCUAAGAUGAAUUUUAUGAAAAAACUUAGGAGGAUAUUGGUGAAUGAGGCCUGCAACUCUGCAAAGACGUCAUGCAAACAAUGAUAAUACUAAAAGAAAAGUAAAAAACGUUAAUAGUGAAGGUGAACACAUAGAGAACUGGUACAACACACGCCUCAGGCUAACCUAACCCAAAAAGCAAAUCAUUGUCUAAUUGACCUAACGUCUGUACUGGUAUUUCUUCAGCUGUGUUGUAACACGGCUGUCGUCCCACAUUAAAACACCUUACAUAAAUGA